AUGACGACAUUCGUUAAUACCAUUCCAAAAAUUAGAGAUGCUCUUCAAGCAACCUUCCGUAGCGGAUUGACGCGUCCCUUACCCUGGCGUCAGCACCAGCUAUACCAGCUUGCACGCAUGGCGCAGAAUGAACGCGAGCUCAUUUGCGAUGCCCUAUGGAAAGACCUCGGAAAGCCAAAAACAGAAGUCCUGUCGAAUGAAUUGGACAACGUCAUCGAUAGAGCUGUGAAGAGUGCAGAGCGGCUCCCAGAGUGGGCCAAGCCUGAACAUCCUGAGGUGGUUGAUCGGAUAUACAAGGCUCCGAAGGGCACUCUCUUGGAGGAAAUCAUGCCGAAGUACCUCGACCCGAAUAUGUACCGUAUUGUUAACGGUGGUAUCCCUGAAACUUCAAAGCUUCUGGAGCUUCAAUGGGACCAUAUUUUCUACACGGGGAAUGGCAAGGUCGCUAGGAUCGUUGCCAGCGCUGCAGCUAAGCACCUGACGCCACUGACACUGGAAUUAGGAGGAAAGAGUCCUCUGGUCAAGGCAUUGCAAAAGCAUUAUAACGCAUUCUUCCCAAAUGCUGCGCUGGAUUCGCCAUCGUUUGGUAGUAUCGUGUCACAUUUGCACCACAAUCGCCUCACUUCACUUCUUUCCCGCACAAAGGGUGAAGUCGUUCUUCCGGGUCGCGCUGACGCUGCGAGGAAGAGACUCGAACUCACCAUUGUCAAGAAUGUUGCGGACGGCGAUUCCUUGCUAGAAGAAGAACUCUUUGGCCCGAUAUUGCCUAUCGUGCCCGUGGAUUCUCUUGAUCAGGCAAUUAACUUUGUUAAUGCAUGUCCUGUACCUUUUAGUGACAACAAGGGCUUGAAGCAACGGCUUAUCUCGGAAUCACGGAGCGGUGGUAUUGUUUUCAACGACACCUUGCAACAGUUCGCAGUGAGUGAACUACCGUUUGCGGGAGUGGGCGAGUCAGGCUACGGAUCCCAAUUUUCGAAAUAUACAUACAAUACGUUCACGCAGCUUCGUAGUUCUAUCGACAUGCCGAGAGAGUGA